AGACCAGAGGAUUCUGCAAGGCACGCUAUGAGGAUCUUAAUUUUUGUCCUCACACUGAGUGUUUUCUCGUGUUCAGGGUUUCCAGUGUACGACUAUGAACUCCCUGUCACAGAAGAGGCUCUCAAUGCUUCCAUUGCGAGGAUCAAUUCUCAGUCAUGGGGGACAAACCUGUAUGGUGUUGUCAGGAGCCACGUCACAAGAGUUGACAUGUGGAACAGCGAUGCCUAUAGACUAGAGCUGCAGUUCAGCAUUCGUGAAACUGUGUGCACGAAAGCUUCAGGGAGAGACCCCUUCACAUGUGACUUCAAAAUGGGGCCUUUCGUGCCAACCGCUUUCUGCAGAAGUGUUGUGGAAGUCUCUGCUGAGGUGAUCUCAAACAUUAUCGUGCAGUGCAAUCGUGGCACAUCCAGCUCUGAAUCGAUGAGCAGCGAGGAGAUGAUGCACAUGCCGAUAAUGAACCCCUACAGGCGAGGCAGCAGUCGCAGAGAAGCCUUCCCUUCAAGGGGAAGAGGCCGCAGCCAUGGAGACUGGCAUAAACCCAGCUAUUUCAGCUCUGACAAGAUUGAAUAAUACGGUUUGGGGGAACUGCCACCACCAAGGAUGGAGUUGCGUGCCUACCAGCAGUGCCUGUGAG